AUGAUCGCGGCAGUACUCCUUACCGUAGUCGGCACGGCCGUCGCGGUAGCGAGAUACGUCAAACGGCGCAAGACACGUCAACAGGCGAGACAACUCCCAGGCCCGAUUGCUCCUCCUUUCGUCGGACCUUUUCUCUCUAUUCCUGAUGAUGUGUCCUGGGUCCAACUGUCUGACUGGGGCAAGAAGCAUGGCCCGAUCUAUGAGUUUGAGUUGUUUGGAACGCGUCACGUAUGGAUCACUGAAGAGCACAUCGCUCAUCAACUUCUUUCCAAGAGAGCCGCGAUCUACUCGGAUCGGCCUCUUAUUCCCAGUCUCCCUGAUAACCGCACCAGCGGUGAUUAUCUCGCGCUUUUGGGACGGUCAGACAUGUGGAAGCGCCAGAGAAAGCUCUGCAAUGUCUUGAUGGCCUCAAGCAGCCGUAAGGACCUCCACGCGUACCCGACUAUCGAGCGUGACCGGUUCCUGUACCAGAUGUACCGCGAACCGUCCAAGUACAUCGAAUGGAUUGAGCAGUUCACCGCCCGCACCGUCUCGCGGCUCUGCUGGGGCACUGCCCAGCCUGCCCAGGUCCUGCGGCACGUGACCUAUGGCCUUCUUGAGACCAUCAGCCCGACCGGGUCACUACCCAAUCUGAUGAGUUUCCUCCGCUUUUUGCCCGCUUCCCUCAGCCCCUGGCAGAAGAAGGAGAAGGCACGGCACGAUAUGGAGGAUAGAUUGUGCGCGGCCUGUAUUACUUUUGUGCGCGAAAACAUGACCCGCGGCACAGCGAAGCCCAGCUUCACUGCUUCCUACUACCAAGACAGCCAAGGCGACAGCUCUCGGUCCAACGGGAGCGAAGCGCCCGAGGCCAGUCACGUCAUCAGCCUCAUGGCUAUCGCCGGAGCCCUGACCAUCGGUAGCCCGAUCCAGAGUUACAUACUGGCCAUGGUCCACCAUCCAGAGUGGGAACGCAGACUGCAGGAGGAGAUCGACACCGUUCUAGGAGGUAGAUGCCCCGAAUGGGAAGAUAGACACAAUCUCCCGAAAUUGCGCGCUACAAUCAAGGAGGUGAUUCGCUGGCGCCCGGCCGUGCCCAUGGGCAUCCCCCAUGCUAGUGAAGCCGACGAUGUCUACGACGGGUAUUUUAUCCCUGGCGGAGCUACAAUCCACCCACUCGAAUGGGCCAUGACCCGCGACGAAAGAUUCUACCCAGAUCCAGAGUCCUUCCACCCGGGACGGUGGCUCAACCCAGACUCACCGGUAUACCGCGACUCGGCAGACCGGAGCCUCAACCUGAACGGAUACUCUCAGUUCGGCUUUGGGCGGCGGACGUGCCAAGGCAUCCCGAUCGUGGAGCAGGACCUGUUCCUGACCAUGGGCGGCAUGGCCUGGGCAUUCAACAUCCGCAAGGCACGCGACCCAGCCACAGGCGCCGAGCGCCCCGUCCACUGGAACGACUACACGCCGCUCCUCAUUGCCAAGCCGAAGUGGUUCCCCUUUGAAGCUGUGCCGCGGAGCCAGGACAAGAUUGACCGCAUGAGAGAGAUGCACAUCGCGUCGAGACGCUACGUAGAAGCAGAGCGAGAGAUGGGUGAUAUGGACGUCAGCCAGUUCGAGCCGGAACUGGGGCAUAAGAUAUAUGUUGAAGAUGUGUCAGAUGAGGAAUGGCUGGAUGAAGAUUGGGAACUUUUGGAUCUAUAA